AUGGAAGGAGGUUUUGCAAGCUAUCAUGUAACCAUAAAUCACAGAGGGCCUGAUGUAAAGAAAACCCUUGCAAGUCUUAUCUACCGCAAUCUUAGAAAAUAUGGACUGCGCGUGUUCCUUGAUGUGGAGGAGCUGCAAACAGGAGAUUCUUUAUCUCUUGCGAUUGACAGAGCAAUUCAAAGCGCCUCCCUUCAUAUUUGCAUUUUCUCUGAGACCUAUGCUGAAUCUGCGUGGUGCUUCAAUGAACUGGUUUGGAUAUUGGCCUGUGAGAAUGCCAAGGUUAUCCCUAUUUUCUAUGGCAUCCAACCUUCAGAUCUUCGCUAUACAGUCACGGGAGCGUAUGCCGAAGCCUUUCGCAACCAUAGAAUCCGCGGAAGGGUUGACACCCAACGACUGAAGAUAUGGCAAAAUGCGCUCAACAAGGUCUCACAUAUUUCUGGCUUGGUAUUCGUCAAGGAGAAAGAUGACCUUGGAGAGCUUAUGGAUAGAAUUGAAGACACCGUGCUGAGAGAGGUGAGAAGGGAAGCAUUGGAUGUAGCUAGAUACCCCGUGGGACUCGAUAAAGCCGCAGAGCACUUUCAAAAUGAGGUUUUCUAUGAAACUGAAUUAAGCGAUAUCAAGGUUGUGGGUAUCGUUGGACCUGGGGGAUCGGGGAAGUCAACUCUAGCUAGACAUCUCUACAACGCAAAGCGUUUCGAAUUCAGUAGAUGUUGUUUCUUGUCUGAGGUGAGUGAAAAGAAAUUAUCAUCUGUGCAGCAAAAGCUGGUGACAAAACUUGUGGGUUUGCAGCCACAUGAGCAUAUUGACAACACCAGUGAAGGGAGAAGCAUGAUUCAACAUCGUCUGGCUGGUUACCGGGUUUUCAUUGUUUUCGAUGGUGUGGAUAACAUGGAUCAAAUGGAGAAUCUUUUAUUCGUAGUGAAGAAAGUUAUAGGACCUGGUAGUUUGAUUUUCGUUACAUCUCGUGACAGAGGUCUGCUUGCAUCUUCUGAGAUAAAAACAUUGUAUGAUGUAAAAUUACUUAACGCAAAAGACAGCCAAAAGCUGUUCUGUUUCCAUGCUUUCCAGCGCCCCGAACCAUCAGAAGGCUUUCAAGAUCUGGUGCAUGAGCUGGUUAAUCUGUGUGGUGGCUUUCCUUUGGCUUUGAAAGUUUUAGGUGGAUAUCUCUCUGGUAAAAGUGACAGAAGCUACUGGAUCCGGCAGGUGGGAAACUUCCGAAAACAACUACCAGAGAACAUUUUAGACAAGGUACUAAGACAAAGCUAUGACUCUCUUGAAAGAGAGGAGAAAGAAGCAUUUUUGGACGUUGCCCACUUCUUAGUAGGAGAGAAUAAAGAUCUGGCAAUUAGGGUUUUGGACGGACUGGGUCACAGCGGCAAAGACUGUCUCGAUACUCUUCAUCAGAAAGGCCUUGUGGAGUUCCAAAGCCUCAACGUGGAGGACCAGUAUAUCAUGCCAUUCGACGAGCUAGGGAAUACAAUAUGCUUGAAACAAAUCAGUGGUCUGUGGGGCGCCUCUAUGCAAGUGGCAGUGUUAGAAGGUGCGCCUCGUCUAUUUGUGAGAGAAGGGCAUGCUAGUUGUCUCAAAGCUAGAUAUUUGCGGUUGUUUGAGGAGUGGAGCAAGGUAGAAGAAAACAAUUAUUGCAAGCUGCAAUCAAAGCCCUACUCUGUUCGGGGAAUUUAUACUGAUGAGGAUCAUGAGAAGCUUCAAUUGCCAGAAGUUUUACAGGAUGAGGAGAUAUGUGGAUUAAAUAUUUUGAUGCUUCGAUGUCCACUUGACAUCAAUAAUUUUUCUGGAGAUUUAAUAUGGCUUCGCUUGACUAAGUGUAACUGCAUCUGCAUUCCUUCUAGUCUUUCACUGACAAGUUUAAGAGUAUUGGAGCUUUCUGAUGUCAAUUUAAAAGACUUGAAUAACUUAUGUGAUGCUGGUGAGACGCCCUCACAGCUGUUUAGCAAAAAGUGCCUGCUCUUUAAGCGCUUCCCUUCAGGGCCAUGCUUUCAUCGUAGAAGAAAUUGCGAGGUUCUCUCUUCAAGCAGGCCAGAAAAUAGAUUUCAGCUGUUGUUUAGCAAGUUGCCAACUUCCUUCACUCAAUUAUUGCAACUUCAAUAUCUAUCAUUGCGAGAUUGCAAAAAACUCGUUCUCAAAGAUCUCGGAGAAAUCUCCACCCUGGAGUAUUUAAACCUGGAAGGAUGCAUUUUGCUAAGUGAAUUGCCCAGGGGAACCACACAUCAAAGGUCUUUGAGGUACUUAAAUGUACUUCAUACCACUGUGGAACUGCCUGAGGGUCUUGAACAGCUGGAAAGCCUGGAACAGCUAUUUGUAGGGAGUAUAAUGUUGACAACUCUACCAUCCUCUUUGAAUAACUUGGGCCAGUUAAAGGAACUGAUUCUAUUUGAAUGCUUCAAUCUAUCUGACAUCGGGGAUUCUAUUGAAAAGUUGGUGCAUUUGGAAAGAUUGCGGAUAUCCCGGUGUUCAGCUAUGAGGAUGUUACCAGAAAGAAUUGCAUGGACGAAUAUUAAAAAUUUGGAUGUGCGGUGGUGUUUAAUGUUUGAAGGGUUCAAAAUUGAAAAUAACUCAGGUAGAACUCCAUCGGAGAGAUUUCUAAUCCGCAGAGCAGAUCCUGGAGCCGAUGAUUUUAGCAACUCAGAGAUGAAAGCUUCUCACCAUAUAAGUUGUUUAACAAAUCUGAUCAUAAGAGACAGCCGCAUAACCCAAGUGUAUAUUCCUCAAGCCAAAUCUCUUUGCCCCAAUCUUGAAACUGUUGAUCUUUCCAACAAUCUAUGUUUAACAAGGAUUGAAGGUUUGCCAGACAGUUUGAUAAGUCUAAAGCUGAUGGAUUGCCGAGCAUUGAAGGCACUUACAUGUCUAUCUAAUCUCACACGCCUUAAAUCUCUUGAUAUUAGUGGGUGUGAUUGA